CCGCCCGGCUCUCCUAUGCUGUGUGACUUCCGUCGGGCUUCUCUCCUUUGGGAUCCCUCAGUGACACAGCUGACAAAUGCCAACCAAGGUGGCCUGGAUGAAUUCAAUCCCUUCUCUGAGAACUCCCGGCUGACAAGUACAGCCCAGACAGUUCCAGCCACACAGCCCUCCAGCACUUCGCAGCCCGCUGUCCUGCAGCCAUCUGUAGAACCCACUCCACAGGCCGUUGCCUCAGCAGCACAAGCUGAACUCCUCCAGCAGCAGGCUGAGCUGGAGAGGAAAGCAGCAGAGCUGGACAGGAAGGAGCGGGAGUUGCAGAGUAAUACAGCAGCUUUUAACCCAAGACAAAACAAUUGGCCACCUUUACCCAGGAGGUGUCCAAUCAAGCCAUGUUUCUAUCAGGAUUUCCCUGUAGACAUCCCAGCAGAUUACCAGCGAACAUGCAAGAUGCUAUAUUACUUGUGGAUGCUUCACUCAGUUACUCUGCUUCUAAACCUGCUCGCUUGCCUGGCAUGGUUCACAGUCGAGGUAGACUCUAGAGGAGUAGACUUCGGUCUCUCGAUCUUGUGGUUUAUUUUGUUCACCCCCUGUGCCUUUCUUUGUUGGUAUCGGCCAAUCUACAAGGCUUUCAGGUCUGACAGCUCUUUCAGCUUCUUUGUGUUCUUCUUCAUCUUUUUCUGCCAAAUAGCAAUCUACAUCAUCCAGGCAGUUGGCCUUCCUGUCUGGNNNNACAGUGGUUGGAUUGCAGCUCUGUCUGAGUUAAAAGGAAACCUGGCUGUGUCUAUAAUCAUGAUGGUGGUAGCUGCAUUUUUCACACUGUGUGCUAUUCUCUCACUCUUCCUCCUAAAGCAGGUGCACUCUCUCUAUCGCCGGACGGGAGCCAGUUUCCAAAGGGCCCAGGAAGAGUUCUCCCAAGGCAUCCUCACCAACAGGAACUUCCAGAAUGCAGCUUCCGGGGUCGCGUCCUCAGCUGCGCAGAGUGCUUUCCGGGGGAACUAACCCUAUGUAGGAUUGCCUCUGCAACACCUCCCUCCCCUCUCUCUCUCUUGCCACAACCCUGAUCUUCCUUUUAAGAUGCACUUUCCAUGGGUACCAUGCUAACUCCGUGACACCAGCUGCAGAGAUGAGAAGAGGUCUCUUUAGCUUCAGCUGCCUUCAUUUAUGGCGACUAGUUCUUUCCUUGCUUUGGUGUAGGGGAUAGGGAAAUGGUCUCAAAAUCAAAUAUAUCUUUCCUUAUCCAGGACAUGUACAAUGUUUCUUUAACAUCUUCUCCUCCCCUUUUGCCUCUGUCAGAGGGGUUUGGAGAAUCAGAUCUCCAGACUUUGAGUUUUCUUCCAUUGGGCUUUGCUAUGAAGGGUUUAUUUUGUAACUUGCACCUAGUGUAUGUUAAUAAUAUAAUGAUGGGAGGAAGCUGCCUCUGCUACUUAGCCUUGACCUCUUCCUGCCAGGCUUCUGCGAGGUCUGGCUACAACAGUGCAUAAAUGGUGCUUUUGGGGAAGACGGCUCUUUGCUGGCAUACCAUGGUGCAGGACUUCUUCAUGCUUCUAUUUCUUCUCACCUCAAGGUGAGGAUCCUACAUCAGACUGUACUAUGAAACCGUAUUUAUACCUGUAUCCCCCCAGGGAACAGAUGGAGAGUUGAUCAAUUGAAGUGCAGCCUUCACCAUAGCCUUAAAUCUUGGGGUGAUGGGGAUAUCCUCUACACCUGACCAGCUUCACUUCUAUGUAGGAAAUAGCAGUACUGAAGAGGUCAGAAGCUUUCUGGGGCUACCCUGCAGGAUUGUGUGCCAUGUGGGUAUUAGUUUGGUGGAAGGGGAGAGAAUGAGAAUGUGGGAAGCAAACUGAGCCACCAGAACCAUCUUAGGAAGCACGGAAGAUGUAUCCAACCUCCUAAACCCUAGUAAGUGGGGUCCUCAGUUUGGAACACUACACAUUGCCUGCUGCUGGCCUUUCCUCCAUCCUGUCCAGCUUGCUCUCUGUCUCUGCACUCUAGGGGGGGCAGCCCAGAGAAUGUAUGGACUUUCUCAAGGGUGAAUUCAUACUUUUUUUUUAUCAAAGGACAUGUAUUGGUUGAACUGUGUUCCAUUUCUAAAGCUAUGUCUGUGUGAAGCCCUGUCUGCUGCUCAUGUCUCUUGCUGGAAGCUCAUUCCAGUGUCUGGGCUGCUAGAUUCAAGUGUCUUCUGAGAAUAUGCUCCCCCUUCUGCUUCCCUUGUAAUCACGUCUGUUUUGAUGUGGAACAAGUCUUAGAUGGAUUUUAAUGGGAGCACAUGUGUAUUAGGUUACAGAGUUUUCUUUGAGCUCAAGCAAAUGGAUCCUGGGUUGCCUGCCUCAGAGCCCUCUCCAUGCAGCGAACAGAGGGAAUUUCCUGGUGCCCAAGAAAGGGUUUACAGUGGAGGAAUUAGUUUUUCUUCAGUUUUGCCUUCUGUAAUGAAAACACCUACCCUUUAUCAACUGCUUCAUCCCUUUCCCGUCCUGUCAGCUGUGGAGUGCUGAAUCUUUAAGUAUCAGUCUCUGCUGGCUCCUCUUUUCCUGUGAUGGGAAGUGUAAUUUUUCUAGUAGCAAGCUGAAAAUGGCUAUGUGAGACUAAAUGAGUGCUGUGCACUGAAGAACUCCAGAAAUCUGGGCAAAGGAAGGUUAAAAGUCUCAAAAAUAGUGUGAUCACUUUCAAGUUGCUUUAUAUUACUGUGAGUUUGCAUUUCAGGAACUCUUCCCAAGGUCUGUAUCAAUGGGUAAUUCUUCAGAGGCUACAGGAAGUCUUAAGGAUGUGCUGGGUGCAUCUGGAAGCCCCAUGUCUUGGGUUUUAUUGGAGGUAAUUGUUAAAUUGGUCUAGAAAGACAAAUCCAGCCCCUUGCAUCCUGAGAUGUUUUGCUCCUUUCUGCCUCUACUGUAGGAGCACAUGAAACUCAGUCCAUUGAGAAUCUUGACUUUCCUGGAGACUGCUCCUGUAGACACAAGGGGCUUGCUGUGAAAUUGCAGCUGUUGGUUAGGGUCACGUACAUCCUUAUCUACCUGGGCUAAUUGAACAAAGCAGUGAACUUCACCAGAUAAGUGCCUCGUCCACUUGGACUUUAUGAGAAAUGAAAGGAAAGGAGGGAAACUAGGAGCAAAUUGAUGCCUUCACCUUAGUAAGAGAGGGGGCUUGAUUUCUGCUGUAGUUCCGAUCGCAGUCUUGUAUAGAAAUGAUGAUCUGGGUGAUCAUAAACAUCCCCCUUUCCACCAGGUCCAAGCCAACGUACCUGGGGAGGCUUCCUCCAGCACCUUGUGCUUUUGAAUAUAUAAUGAUGGAAAACUGAGAUUUUUAAAGUUUCCCCUUUUCUGAUGUAUUUUUCCCCUUCUAAUCUUUAUGUAAAAAUGUAUAUGUUAAGUCAAACUUUUGUGCUUAAAUAAA